AUGAAGAGCCAAGAAUGCCUCUGUCUCUUUGGAGACCAGACCAAUGACUUCGUUCCUGGCUUGCGCCAGCUGCUUCGAAUUAAAGAUGGCCCUUUACUUUUAUCCUUCUUUGAGAAGACGCACAUUACAUUACGGCAAGAGAUCACCCGGCAGAGUCGUGAGAUCCAAGAGUUACUGCCGCGCUUCUCCGGGAUAGCCGACCUACUCGCCUCUUAUUCAACGGACCUAGACUCUACCCCUGUCCUUGCUAGUACUUUGACGGCAAUUUACCAGCUCGGUAGCUUCAUAAGCUACUAUGGAGAUGGCUCCAGGCCAUAUCCUACAGGCCAAAGCCACACCCUGAUUGGCCUAUGUACAGGCCAGCUCGCCGCAUGUGCCGUUGCAUCCGCGUCUACCGCAGGCGAGCUUGUGUCUUUGGCAAUAGAGGCAGUGGUAAUUGCAUAUCGCACAGGCCUCCACGUCACCAAAACUCGUCGACUUCUAGAGAACGAUACCGAUAGGAAUAAGAAUUGGUCCUAUAUAGUUCCGAAGUUGCAGGUCGACCUCGCUGCUUCACGGAUCGAACAGUUCUCCCAAUCAGCGAACUUACCCAUUGGAUUCAGGCCAUUUAUUGGAAUUGUAGCUCCGUGCAGUGUUACUAUUUGUGGCCCUCCUAGGGUCCUGAAAGACCUCUUUAACUCACCCAUCAUGGGCGAUGUUAAGCCUAUCCCGGCCCCAGUUUUUGCUCCAUAUCACGAUUCUCAUCUACACACCGAAUCAGAUAUCGAAGAAAUUCUAGGAACCCUCCCAGAGACAGCCGCCAAGACCGCCACGAAACUUCCCGUUGUCUCCAGCGUUACGGGCGAGCACAUCCGGGCUUCUACCUUUGGGGCUCUACUUCAUACGUCGCUAGGAGAGAUUCUUAGGGAGCCUCUCCGCCUGGAUAUAAUCACUAAAUCCAUUAAUACUGCUGCCCGAGCGUCUUUAUGCGCUCGGUGGGUUAUCUUGUCAGUUGGCACGAACGCUUCCCAGAGUCUGGCUAGCGCUCUCAAUGAGAUUGAAGGCAUCUCCGCCAAGGUCGAAAACAUAGAAAGUACCCCAAACCUUGACACACCACAUUUGCAAACGAGGUGUAGUGGGCGGCCAGAACAAUCCAAUAUAGCUAUCAUCGGGUAUGCAGGGAGAUUUCCUGAGGCCGCAGAUGCAGACAGUCUUUGGAAGCUCCUCUGCGAAGGACGGGACGUUCACCGUGAAAUCCCACCCGACCGAUUUAAUCUCAACACACAUUACCACCCGACCGGAAAGAAGAAGAACACCUCGCAAGUCCGAUAUGGUUGCUUCAUCAACGAACCCGGCCUUUUCGAUUGUCGUUUCUUUAAUCUUUCUCCCAAGGAAGCGGACCAGAGCGACCCCGGCCAGAGACUCGCUUUACUGACCGCCUACGAGGCCCUCGAGAUGGCCGGCGUUGUCCCAGAUAGGACUCCCUCCACCCAACGAGAUCGAGUAGGCAUAUUUUACGGCAUGACUAGUGAUGACUGGCGAGAAGUUAACAGCGGGCAGAGUAUUGGGACCUACUUUAUCCCCGGUGGCAACCGCGCGUUCACACCAGGGCGUAUUAAUUACUACUUCAAGUUCUCUGGGCCCAGUAUUAGCAUUGAUACAGCCUGCUCAUCUAGCGCUGCUGCCAUUCACAUAGCCUGUAAUUCUCUUUGGAGGAACGACUGUGACACUGCUAUUGCCGGGGGUACCAACGUCAUGACUAACCCCGACAACUUUGCUGGCUUGGACAAGGGCCACUUCCUAUCUCGCACCGGAAACUGCAAGACGUUUGAUGAUGGAGCUGAUGGAUACUGCCGGGCAGAUGCUGUCGGGACCGUGGUUCUGAAGAGGCUUGAGGACGCACUGGCCGACAAAGAUCCCAUCCAGGCUGUAAUUUGCGGCGCCUACACCAACCAUUCCGCAGAGGCCGAGUCCAUCACUCGCCCACACAUUGGCGCACAGUCGGCCAUUUUCCGUCACGUCCUCAAUGAUGCUGGCCGUGAUUCUCUGGAUGUGAGCUAUAUUGAAAUGCAUGGUACAGGAACACAAGCCGGUGAUUCAGCAGAGAUGCGGUCAGUCCUAGAUGUCUUUACGGGCAGCCAGUCUGGCCGCACUGCGGAGCGACCACUAUAUCUUGGUUCCGCUAAGGCCAACAUCGGCCAUGGCGGGUCGGGAUCCGGUAUAACAUCACUCAUAAAAGUGAUACUGAUGAUGAAAAACAGCAUAAUUCCGCCUCACUGUGGCAUUAAGACCAAGCUCAACUCCAGGUUUCCGGCAGAUUUGAAGGAACGCGGUAUCAAUAUCGCUUUAGAAGCGACGCCAUGGCAGCGACCGGCGGGUGGUAGGCGGAUGGCCUUCCUCAACAACUUCAGCGCGGCUGGCGGGAACUCGGCGCUUCUUUUGGAGGAUCCUCCUGCUGAAUUCGAGCUCCAGGCAUCGGCGGACCCUAGGAGUUUCCACGUAAUUACUGUGUCAGCCCGAAGUAGCCAGUCGCUUCGCCAGAAUGCCAAGCACCUUGCAGAGCACCUCCGAAGAAACCCUGAGAUAUCUCUUGGGAGCCUUGCCUACACAACGACAGCUCGCCGAAUUCACCAUAACUAUCGGCUCUCUGUUACUGGGCGGACCAUCACCGACGUGAAAACCGCUCUAGAGAAGUCUGCUAGUUUGGACAUCCGACCUGUGCCCCGGAAGAUCCCCGGGGUCACUUUCGCGUUUACUGGGCAAGGGUCAAUCUACCAAGGGAUGGGAAAGCAUCUCUUCGCUUCCUUUAGCGUCUUUCGUGAGGAGCUGCGGCGCCUAAAUGGCAUUGGCAGAAGUUUCGGGUUUGAUUCGUUCAUGGCCCUGAUCAACGACAGUACAACUUAUGAGACAAUGCAUCACUCCCCACAGGCGACGCAGCUGGCCUUGACCUGCUUUGAGAUCGCGCUAGCUCGGCUCUGGGAGUCAUUUGGGAUUGUUCCCAGCCUGGUGGUCGGACACAGUCUCGGCGAAUAUGCGGCUCUGCACAUUGCUGGGGUGCUCUCGGCUCGCGACGCCGUGUUCCUAGUUGGGACACGAGCUCGUAUAAUGCAGGAUCGUUGCUCAGCUGGAACCCACGUUAUGCUCGCUGUCAAAGCCCCCGUAACCGCACUCACCCAAGUCUUGCAAGACCAUCGCCUAGAGGUUGCGUGCAUUAAUACGCCUGAUCAGACUGUUGUCACUGGCCCUAUGGCCGAUGUUGACCGCGCCCAAGAGGCACUAGGGUUGUCUGGUAUCAAGACAAGCAGAUUAAAGACCAAUUUUGCCUUCCACAGUUCUCAGGUAGAACCAGUCCUCGACGAAUUUCAGAAACUCACUCGUGGGAUCAAAUUUGGGAAGCUCACGGUACCCCUUCUCUCGCCCCUAUUGGCAGCUGUCAUCACUUCAGAGGACCAGCUUGGAAUAGAAUAUCUCACCCGUCAUUGCCGUGAGAUGGUUAACCUUGCCGGUUCUAUCCAAUCUGCUCUCUCCCAAAAGAUCGUAUCCGAAGACACGAUCUGCUUGGAAAUUGGACCAGAUCCCGUUGUUAUAGGAAUGUUGAAGGCUAGUAUUGGGUCAUGCACCAGAACAAUUGCCUCUACCCGGAAGAGUGAGGGCCUUUGGGCAACAUUAUCUAAUGCUCUUCGGACCCUCUAUCAAGCUGGACUGGAUAUUCAGUGGGGAGAAUACCACCGAGACUUCGACGCAUUCCAAAAUAUUGUCCCGCUGCCCGCUUACCAGUGGGACUACAAGAAUCAUUGGAUCCAAUACGUCCAUGACUGGUGCCUGGCCAAGGGAGACCCUCCUGCCGCCAUAACCGAACCUCAAAAGCCUCCAGCUACACCCGACUUCUUGUCUGCUACGUGCCAGAAGAUCCUGCACUUGGAACAUGGAUCAAGCAAAUCGUCUGUGCUCAUAGAGUCGGACAUCUCUCAUCCCGACUUUCGGGCCAUUUUUGAGGCACACAAGGUGAAUGGCGCAAUGCUAUGUCCUUCUUCCGUCUAUUAUGACAUUGCUGUAACUCUGGGCAACUAUUUGCAUAAGUCCAAUCCUAUAAAGGCUAACCGCGGCGUCGAAGUUGCCGACAUGGCCACCACAAAGCCUCUGCUUAUGCAGACCCCAGGAAAGUCGGAACUCUUCCGUACAUCCGUCGAGGCCGACUGGGCCUCUCAAACAGCUAGCGUUGACUUCUACAGUCUUGACUCGAGCGGUGAGAAAGCAGUGGAGUAUGCCACCUGUAUGCUUCGAUUCGGAGACUCUGAUUCCUGGGUAUCUGAAUGGAAGCGUAUUGCGCAUCUUGUACAGUCGCGGAUGAAAAAACUGCGGGAUGCCGCCCACAACGGUAGCUCCCAUCUAAUCAAGCGUGGAAUAGCGUACAAGCUGUUUGAAAACUGUGUCGAGUAUGGACAGGGCUUUCAGGGAAUUGAUGAGGUCUAUCUAGAUAGUAAAGACCACGAAGCCACGGCCCGUGUCACAUUCAAGGAUAAAAGCACAUGCUUCUAUGCCAACCCUUACUAUAUUGACAGUCUCGGCCAUCUAUCGGGCUUUAUCAUGAAUGCUACAGAGUCGUUCGACUAUAAGUCGCAUGUGUUCCUUAACCAUGGUUGGGAAUCAAUUCGAUGCGCGGUUAAGCCCUCCGCUGAAGGCACAUAUGACACAUACGUCAAGAUGGAGUCCUUGGACGGGAAACGAUACGCUGGUGACGUCUAUAUUUUCCAGGGUGAUUCUAUCGUUGGUGUAAACCAAGGCGUGGCGUUCCAAGCGGUGCCCCGCAAGGUGUUGGACAUCCUUCUCCCUAAUCCCAGCAUCGGUGCCAGGAUGAAUACAGCAAAGGAGACAACCACUGUCGUCAGCGGGCGUCCUGGAGCCCCUCAGAAAGCUGUCAUCAGCCGACCAGAGAACGCCCUGAUGUCAAGGAAUGGGCAGGCUCUAGUAUCUCCACAAAGAGACAGGGUUCCGGAGCCCUUUCUAAUCGUGCGGGCGUUAAAUAUAAUUGCAGAAGAGACCGGCAUUGCCAUGGUCGAGCUGACGAAUGACCUUGUAUUUACGGAUGUUGGAGUUGACUCGCUCCAGGCCCUGUCUAUUUGUGGUAGGUUUAGGGAGGAACUAAAUAUCAACGUGGGCUCAGCUCUCUUCGUGGAAUAUCCGACGGUGAGGGAUCUUAAGAUCUUCCUCGGCACCGGGACUAGGCUGGCAGGCGCUUCCGAAGACAAUUCCAAAUCCUCGACUCCAGGUUUGGGGUUUUCCUGCGAUGACGACGUUGCCUACACACCUAGCGAUGCCACAGAUGUAGACCAGAGAGACAAGGAGCGAGAAUCAAUGCGCGAGGAUAGUCCUUCCCUAUCCGAAAUCUGCACUAUUCUGGCUGAAGGGCUCGGAGUCGAGGUGGAAGAGGUGUGGAAUGCACCAUCCCUUACUGAGCUGGGCCUUGACUCCCUCAUGUCCCUAAGUAUACUCGGGAGGCUGCGAGAGGAACUGAAUAUUGAUCUCCCUACAGAGUUCUUCUCUGAUGACGACAUGACAACUAUCCGAAGGAAGCUUCUUGACAACUCCGCAGGGCCCGAUAACCCCAGCCCUAUAACGACAGCACCAACGUCUAUCAUUUGUACAAGCACUCCUACUACCAUUCCAACAGCAACGUCAGUCCUGCUCCAGGGAAAUCUUGCGACGGCGCAGAAGGUCCUCUUCCUCUUUCCUGACGGCUCUGGUUCGGCAACCUCAUACGCCAUUCUCCCCCCUGUCGCACCUAGUGUUGCCAUAGUUGGCCUUAACUGCCCCUACUUGAAACGGCCUCAAGACUUGAAAUGUGCACUGCAAGACAUGACAGCCCCAUAUUUGGCCGAGAUCCGCCGGCGACAGGCUCAUGGGCCGUACUAUUUGGGCGGGUGGUCAGCAGGAGGUAUCUGUGCCUACGACGCCGCGGCCACACUGAUGGUAGCGGGUGAGCAAGUUGCCUCAUUAAUCCUAAUUGAUUCACCCAACCCAAUACGCCUCGAAAAACUCCCCGUACGCAUGUACCACUUCCUCAAUGACGCCGGCAUGUUUGGCUCUGGCGGUUCUAAACCUAUGCCUGAGUGGCUGUUACCUCACUUCCUCGCCUUCAUCGACGCACUGGCCCGUUAUGAGCCUACCCCAUUCGCAUCGGGAACGGCGCCUAAAACGCACGCCAUCUGGGCUUCAAACGGAGUCUACCAGUCGACUGGAGGGAAGAGGCUGGAGGAGCGGCCUGACGAUACCCGUGAGAUGAAGUGGUUACUAAAUAGCCGCACCAACUUCGGCCCAAAUGGGUGGGAUAGACUAGUUGGGAUGGAAAGCUUGAGGAUAGAGGUCUUACAUGGGGCAAAUCACUUUACCAUGAUGGAAGGCCCUCAGGGCCUCAGGUUAAGCCGGUUCCUUGCCAAGUCCAUGGGGGUUUAA